GAUGCACUGAAAUAUUUUGGGGGUGGUGAAGUUUAUGUUGGUGUUGGUGGUGACGGUGAUGUUGGUGGUGGUAUUGGUGGUGGUGAUGGUGGUGUUGGUGAUGGUGUAAGUGGUGGUGAUCGUAAUGUUGGUGAUAGUGAUGGUGGUGGUGAUGAUGAUGGUGAUGUUGGUAGUGGUGACGGUGGUGUUGGUGUUGGUGAUGGUGGUGUUGGUGGUGCUGGUGUUUGUGGUGCUGGUUCAGCCGGAGUUUCGGAUGUCAUGGGAGCCCUAAAGGCUAAUCUGGCCCUAAACCAAACACCCAACUGGCACGCAAAAGUCUGA